AUGAGUUCAAAUUCAUCUCCAGAGGAUAUUUCAAGUCCUAUUAAUGAUGAAGAAAUUUAUCUUCCAAAUGAUUUUAAAUAUUAUCAAAAUAAUCUUGAUAAAUCUCAAUUUAAUUUAACUUUGAUCAAUUCAUCAAUUUUCUUAAUUAAAUUGUUAUAUAAGGAUCAUGAUGUUACUAUUAAUUCAUCAAAUUUAAGAUUCUUUAUUAUUGAAAUUUUGAAAAGAUCAAAAACUUCAAUCUCAAAUUUACAGAUUUGUUGUUUUUACCUUUUAAAAUUGAUUAAAAGUCAUAAUGAUGAUAUUAUAAAGGAUCCAAAAAAGUUAUUCUUGGGCCUCAUUAUUUUAUCUUCUAAAUUUAGUCAAGAUUGUACUUAUUCAUUUAAGACAUGGAUUAAAUUAUUAAAUAUGAAACCUGAUGAUUUAAAGGAUUUGAAGUCCUUGGAAAUUAACUUAUUAAACCAAUUGGAUUAUAAUUUAUACGUUAAUGAAAAUCAAUAUGAAAAUUGGUGUAAUAUCUUAUUAAUUUUUGGUUAUGAUUUCAUUAAGAUUCAAAAGAUCAUUAACUUAAAAUCCGAAAUCCAAUGGGAAAAUAAGGAUAGUGAAAUUAAUAACAAAUUAUCCAAAUGGUUUUCAUUCUUUAAGAAUUUAAAGGUGUCAAAUUUAAAUGAUAGUCAUAUUAAGAUUAAGUUUACUAACUAUUACUUGAAUCAAUUAAAUAAGAAAAUCUUCAUUGUUCAUUCAUUAUUUGAAAAGAGACAUUAUCACGAAGAUUUAAAUGAAAAGGUUAAAGUUUCAUGUAAGUAA